AUGCCAAAAAAGUUAAAGGAGAAAAAGAGAAGGCAGCGCAACGACAUAAACGUCGGUGCACUGAAUGUAGGAAGACUGAUCAUGAUAGACGGAGUUGUCCAAAACUUGCGAGCCCAACUUGGUGGUCCAGUUGCUAAGAAUUUGCAGCCUACUCAGAGCACGCAGGACAGUGAACCUACUAUGACAUAG